AUGGCCGACGAAAAGAUGGAAGCUCAGAAGGUGGAACACGUCCCGGUCCCUGAGCAAUUCUUCCAGGCUGAGCCUGCCUGGUCCAAAUACAUACCCGGGGGAUAUUCGCGGUCAAGAUGCCUGAAACUCUCGGGUAUGCCCAUGGUGGUCUGCAUUCUGGUCCUCGCCGGGACGUGUCUGCUUUUUUUCGGCUAUGACGCUGCUGUGAUGAGUCUGGUCAAUAUCAAUCCAGACUAUCUGGAGCACAUGGACUCCGCCGGAGGAACCUCACACGAUGCGGCACGAAUCGGUGGCAUUGUGAGCUUCUGGUUUCUCGGCUUUCUCGUCGGUGCCCUCAUGGCUGGUGGCUACGCCGACAAGGUUGGGCGACUCAAAUCCAUUCAACUCGGCUGCGUCUGGGGCAUCUUUGGCGCGUGUCUCCUGGCUUCGGCUGAGAAUUUCUCCUGGAUGGUCUGUGGACGCAUCAUCAGCGGAAUCGGGUGCGGCCACCUCAACACCAUCGCGCCGAUCUGGACGUCCGAGCUUGCAGACUACAACUUGCGAGGCGCGUACGUGUCUGUGCAGUUUACCAUGUGUGUUGCGGGGGCGACGAUGACAUACUGGAUGGAAUAUGCCGCGCUCAAGACGCAGUCUCUUCAAUUUGCCUGGCGGUUCCCACAGGCCUUCCAAAUGGUAUUUUUGCUCUUCAUCGUCGUCGUCGCCAAUUUCCUGCCCGAGACGCCCCGUUAUUUGGCCAAGACAGGCCGAGUGGAAGAGGCUCGAGAGAUCCUCGGUCGUUGCCGCCUUCGGCCUUCCGCACAGGCGAUUGAGCAAGAGUUGGCGGAGAUCCAGGAGGCCAUCCGGAUCGAGGCGACAUCCUCGGCUCAUGGAUUCAUUUCCAUGAUCUGGAAAAAGGAUGCUCUCCAUACCCGUCGCCGCGUCGGCCUCGCCAUGGGGAUUCAAGCGAUGGAGAAGCUCUGUGGCCCGGACGCCAUCGCAGCCUAUGGACCCAUCAUCUUCGGUCUCAGUGGAUUCAAGGGCAAUCUGCCAAUGCUGCUGGCCGGGUUCAACUUCAUCUCCUAUACCUGCAGCGUGCCGAUCGGCAUGUACUUUGUCGAAAGAGCCGGACGAAGGAAACUCAUGUUGAUUGGUCUGUUGGUCAUGGGUGGCUCUCUGCUCAUCGCAGGCCCCCUGGCCAGAGAGGCCAUCAACACGCCCGAAACCGACAUGACCAAGAAAAGGGCAUAUGGUGCCGCGGUGGUGGCCUUUGUCUUUCUGUACACCUGUGGCUUCGGCAGUACAUGGAUCACUUGCUGCUGGGUCUACCCGACCGAGGUGUUUCCUCUGGCCACACGAGCCAAGGGCGUCUCGUUGUCCAUGGUGUCAUUUGCCGCCUUUGGCGCCAUCAUCAACGAGGUGAUCCCCUAUGUCAUCAGCGCCGUGGGAUGGUGGGUCUUCAUCAUGUUCGCCGUCAUGAACUUCCUCCAACUCAUCCCCGUGUGGCUGUUCUACGUCGAGACGGCCGAUCGGCACCUCGAGGAUCUGGACAUUCUCUUUGCGAGUGACAGUCCCUUGGCCUAUCGGAUGGAACGCGAAUUCGCCGAAAAGAAGCGUGCACUUGGCUUCCACCCAGAUGCAAAUGCACCACCGGAGAUUGUGCACACCGCUUGA